AAUUAAUUAUAAGAGAAAUAUUUAAGCAACAAUUAACUAUUUGUAAUUCGUUACAUGUAUUUCCAAAAGUUUUCUGUUAUUUUAUGAAGUUAGGUACAUACGUCAUAUGUCAUAUAUUUUAAGUGGACUUAUUUUGUCACAUAUUUAUCAUUGUUAGCAGACAGCUGUCUGCUUGUAAUCAAAUAGACAAUAAAAGUGAAAACAGGUUGUGUGCUGAUAAUCUUUCAAAAACACGUAUCACUCCAAGUUUAAGUUAACUUCAAAUACAAAAGUUCUUGUAAGUUACAAUAAUAAAACAUUUACCUAUAGGUUCAAUUUUGACACUUGGGGUUUUCCAAGAUAUGAGAUAUACGUGCUUCCAAUUACAGUAUUUUUUUUGUAGUUGACUUUAGUUAUGGCCAAUAAAUGCAAGGAUUGUGGUUGUACAUGCAAAAGAUGCAUAACCAAUGAUCACGAUGUUCAACUACAUGUCGAAAUAGAAAAUCUUAAGCAACGCCUUUUGGAAAGAGAGAAUCAUAUUGUAACAAUGGAAACAAAUUUUUUGAACGAAGCCAAUAAACUCCCCGAUGAAGAGUUAAUAGUAUUGAAAGAAGAGUUGCUGACUUGGCAGGAUAAAUAUAAAAGGUUAUAUGAAGCUCAUAGGAGAGUACAAAGAGUUAACCAAGGAUUAGAAGAUAAGCUUUUAAAAUUAGUGGACGUUUGUGAGACUGAAAAAACAACCCUUACUAAAGAUGUAGCUACAUUAUCGCAUAAAUUAGCAGAAGCGAAUUAUACCAAUAAGAAAUUGAGAGAAGAUAAUGAGAGGUACAAAAAUGAUGUAAGCUUAGCAAUACAAUUUUUACAAUGCAAGCAAAGCAAUUUUGUAGCACACAAAUAUGAUACUUUACCGGCUGAAAUCCAAUCUCAAGUUUCGAACUAUAUGACGACUAAGAAAAAACCCGAACCGCCCCGUGUCGUACCAGAAGUGAAAAGCAUCAAAGUUCCUAUACCGACGUUCCCUCCAACCGCUAUGGUAUAUUCAGUACCGAAGUCUCCUAAUCUGGAACGAAAAAACGAACCAGAUCUGGAAUCGACGACUGUUGAUAUCGUAUCUGCCGCUAUAAUGGCGAAAGUUUUGGAGGAAAGACAACGGGAAAGGGCGUCCGUCAAACAUUGUGAUACUUGUACUUGUGCCAAAGGAGUGAAGAUAGUUCAUCAAUUGGAGAGUCAUAGUAUAGGGACCCAAACAGGAGAUUAUAAAGAAAUGGUGUGCUUGAAAUGUAACGAGGCUAUAGUAUCAAUUACGAGUAUGAAGAUAGUUAGAAGUACAGAACCAAAAACUCAUAAAGUUGUGCCUAUUUAUCCAUUAGAAACCUUGGAACCCGUCGUGAACCAACCCAACUACAAUGUGGUGAAAGUUCAGCCGAAUAAUUUUUUAACUGAUAGAAUAAUUGAAAUUAACAAUUCCUCUAGCCCAACUGAUAUUACGCCAAAAAAUGAAGAUAUUCCUGUAGAAGCACCAACUACAUCCUUGUCACAUGUUCCGGACAAGUCUAAUGAAGUGGAACCGUCUCGUCAAAGAAUUUGUAGUAAAUCGAGACUCAGCUAUCAAGUCGAAGAAGUGACAUCAGAGAAAACUGAAACCGAAAGAAACGAGAACAGGGCAAGUCCUACAAUAUUGUCACCAAGAGGAUACCCUUCUUUGAAACUACAAAUUGAAGCUAAGAAUAUCCUGCUGGAUAACGCUCAUCAUAAUAUUCCACCUGUACUUUAUACUAGGUCGCACAAAUUGGUACAAAAAAAUUGUGCUCCUACGCCAGACAGUUUAGAAACGGAAAUCAACUCCAUAGUCAGUGACACUUCGACACAAAAUCAACAAAGAGUGGCCGAUUGGAUUAAAAACAGUAUAGAUCAAGACAUAAGUAGUUCGGAAAAUUCGAGAUCCGAUCAUUUUCGCUCGGAUAUCCAAAAAAGAAGCCCAGAAGAGAUCGUCGACCGUGCUCGAUACGCCGAAAUGGAAGAAAAUGUCAAAAGAUUUUUAUAUGGUGAAAGCGAAUUUAUGAAAACAGUUGAGCUGGGCAAAAACAAAUAUAAAGAUUUCGAAGAAGAAUCUGGAUCUGUUUCGGAAUAAUUGGAAAUUUUGUUUAAAUAAAAAGUAACAUCGGAACUUGAAGUGAAAUAAUACCGCAGAAACAGGGUGAAACAAAUUUGUUGACAAAUCGAUUAUCAAGCAAAGAAAAUCUGUUUUUGCAAAUGGCCAGAUCUUGAGACAUCGAUUAGAAGAUGCCGAAACUCAGUUGAACAUUGACACUGAAGUGGCUCCCUCCAAAAAUCCGAAAAGUAUCUGUAUGUCUUCGACUCAUCAUCUCUUGAUCUUCAACUUUGUCAUCAAUGUUUUUAUACACAAAUCGAAAUUUGUAAAAAUCUGUAUUAAACCUUUCAGUGUGUUUGUAAA